AUGCACUGCGAGGUGGCCGAGGCACUCUCGGACAAGAGGCCCAAGGAGGCCCCCGGCGCGCCCGGCCACGGGCCCUCCGGCCUCGGCGCGCACAUGGCCUUCAGGGUGACCGCGAACGGCGGCGCCUGUGGGGAUGGUGGCCCGCGGGAUCUGUUGUCCCGGCCGCCUGCACCACCGCCGCGUGCCCACGACCUCUUCCGGGCCCGGAGCCCCCGAGACUACAGCGCGUCCAAAGUCGCUGUCUCCGCCGCCGGGAAGGUGAACGGGAGCUUCAGCCACUGCACCCCGGCCUCAGAGAAGAGCCUGCUGGACCUGGACCUUGCUGAGGGCCCUGGCCCUACCUGCCGCCAGAGCCUUUUUCUCCCUGCGGGGUCACCCACGUCCCGAGGCCACCCCCCUGCCUGUGAGAGGCUACUGCAUUUCCCCAACCCCAACAGGUCACCUGGAUCCCAAGCUGCAUAUGUGAAUGGUGGCCUCCCAGCCACACAACGCAUCAAGCAGGAGUCCCUGCCUGACUACCAGGGCAUGGCUGAAGCCCACAUGCCGCUGUCCCCCCACUGCCGGGCCCCACCAGCCACUGGCCUGCACACAGACCUGGGCCUUCAAGGUCGAGGCCUCACCAAUUCCACACCUUCCUGCUACCUUUUGGGCAGCGAAUCCAGCUCUGGUCUUGGACCCCAGCCUGAGGCCCCACUUUCUGAGGGCCCCUCGAAGCGCUGUUGCCUCUUGGGCCUGCCCUCCACCUCCUUGGCCUCCUCUUCAUCAUGUGCCUCCCCCGAUAGCACCCCCAUCAUCUGCUCCUCCCAAACGGCCUUGGUCACCUGUGUCAAUGGACUUCGGAGCCCCCCACUGCCAGUAGACCUGGGGGGCCCUCCAAAGCGGGCCCGGCCAGGCCUUGUGUCCACUGAAAGCCACGAGGGAAGCUUACAGCUCGAAGCCUGCCGGAAACAAGGCUUUUUGAAGCAGGAGCCUACGGAUGAGUUCUCAGAGCUGCUCAGGCCUCAGCAGCAGGGCUUGCCACCGCCUUACCCGCUGACCCAGUUGCCACCAGGCCCAGGCCUUGGGGGACUGGGGCUGGGCCUGGCAGGCAGGAUGGUGGCCGGGCAGCAGGCAUGCCGCUGGGUGGACUGCUGUGCAGCCUAUGAGCAGCAGGAGGAACUGGUGCGGCACAUCGAGAAGAGCCACAUAGACCAGCGCAAGGGCGAAGACUUCACCUGCUUCUGGGCCGGCUGCGUACGCCGUUACAAGCCUUUCAAUGCCCGCUACAAGCUGCUCAUCCACAUGAGGGUGCACUCGGGUGAGAAGCCCAACAAAUGCAUGCCGUUUCCACAGUUCUUUCAUGAGUUUGAAGGCUGCACCAAAGCCUUUUCACGGCUGGAAAACCUCAAGAUCCACCUGCGGAGCCACACGGGCGAGAAGCCAUACCUGUGCCAGCACCCGGGCUGUCAGAAGGCGUUCAGCAACUCCAGCGACCGCGCCAAGCAUCAACGCACCCACCUUGACACGAAACCGUAUGCCUGCCAGAUCCCUGGCUGUUCCAAGCGCUACACAGACCCCAGCUCCCUCCGCAAGCAUGUGAAGGCCCACUCGGCCAAGGAGCAGCAAGUGCGUGAGAAGCUGCACACGGGCUCCAAUGCCGAGGCCGACGUCCUGACAGAAUGCCUGGCCCUGCCACCGCUCCAGGCAUGUACACAGCUGACUGCCAGUGACGGGAAGGGUGGCCGAGCCUUGGGCCAGGAGCUGCUGCCAGGUGUGUAUCCUGGCACCAUCACUUCCCAUAAUGGGCUUGCAUCGGGUAUCCUGUCCCCCACGCAUGAGGGCCCUUCCAGGCAUCACUCACUGGACGCCACUGCCAGUUCGCACCACCACCUGUCCCCUCUGCCCGCAGCCGAGAGCACCAGGGACGGCUUGGGACCCAGCCUCCUCUCACCCAUGGUGAGCCCACUGAAGGGAAUCGGGCCUCCAUCCUCCCAGAGCCAUUCUCCAGGGGGCCAGUCCUUCUCUGCGCUACCCAGCACGUCGACCUACCCACCCUUCCAGAGUCCUCCACCCCCACCUCUGCCCAGCCCACAAGGCUACCAGGGCAGUUUCCACUCCAUCCAGAAUUGCUUCCCCUAUGGUGACUGCUACCGGACAACUGAGCCAGCAACCAGUGGGGACGGACUCUCUGGGGAGGCCCACAGUUUCCCCCCAUUGCGGCCAAAUGGGUACCACAGCCUCAGCACACCUUUCCCUACCACAGGCUACGAGGCCCUGGCCGAGACGCCAUGUCCCACUGUGCUGCCACCACAGCCAUCUGAAGACGUGGUGUCUGGUGGCCCCGAGGACUGCAACUUCUUUCCCAAUGGGGCCUUCGACCACUGCCUGAGUCACAUCCCCUCAAUCUACACAGACACCUGA